GGCAAAGAACCAAUUAAGGAGAGUAGCUGCUGCAGUUUCCCAGAGCUGCACCCAUCAGCUUUGCACCUAAGAUAUUGAAUUGGGAGAGAUGCUGGCGCGCCCAGCAACCACUAGUCCGUCCUUCUCGGCCGGCACGCAUAGGAUAGAGGAGCUUUUUCUCCCAGGUUUUAAGUUUUCUCCUUCUCUCCCCUCGGUUCACUUCCCCCUCUGGGGUUAGGCAGAGCUCUUUUUUUUUCUUUCGGCAGCGGAGUUCUUUCUCCCUCCCUCCUAGCGUCCGCACGGUCGCGUCUCGCCCCUCCUCCCUCCCGUGUGACUGAGCAACCCGGCGCUCUGCAGCUGCGGGGCUGGCUCGCUAGUGCGCGCGCCCUCUUUCUCUCUCCCUUUUCUCUCCUCUCCUCCUGGCUCGUCCCUCCCUCCCCGGCCUCAAAUAGCGAAGCGCACUCGCCAGUGCAGCCUAACACACACACGCGCACUCACACAGACACACGCGCAUACACACGCACUCACGGUUGCACACGCAGCAGAAGCAAGCAAGCAAGCAGCAGCAGCGGCCGCCUCCACCAGGCAUGGCACUGGGCUCUACCUCAUUAUGGCAGCCGCGCGACACAACACCCUCGACUUCCAGCUCUGUGCUAAAGCUGAUGGAGAUGCCAUUCUUAAAGGUCUACAGUCUGUUUUUGAAGAGCAGGCAAUGACAGAAACAAUUCACACUUGGGAAGAUCAUGGAUAUUUAGCAACCUACAUUAAUAAAAAUGGCAGUUUUGCCAGUCUGAGAAUUUACCCACAUGGAUUGGUGUUGAUGGAUGUACAGAGUUACAACAAUGAUUUGAAAGGAAAAGAAGAAAUUGACAAUCUACUAAACAAACUAGAAGAAAGAAUGAAAGAACUAUGUCAGGGCAAUAUUGGAAGGUUAAAACGAUUGCCGGCUCUUGUACGAGGAGGCAAGAUUGAUAAGUAUUGGCCUACAGCUGAUGGACGCCUGGUGGAAUAUGACAUAGAUGAAGUUGUAUAUGAUGAAGAUUCACCUUAUCAGAACAUUAAAAUUCUGCAUUCGAAGCAGUUUGGAAAUAUCCUUAUCCUCAGUGGGGAUGUCAAUUUGGCAGAGAGUGAUUUGGCGUAUACACAAGCCAUAAUGGGCAGUGGGAAGGAAGAUUACACUGACAAAGAAGUGCUGAUUUUGGGCGGUGGAGAUGGGGGUAUAUUAUAUGAAAUAGUCAAAUUGAAACCAAAGAUGGUCACUAUGGUAGAGAUUGACCAAAUGGUGAUUGACGGGUGUAAGAAAUACAUGCGUAAAACAUGUGGAGAUGUCUUAGACAAUCUUAAAGGAGAGUGCUAUCAGGUUCUAAUAGAAGACUGUAUUCCAGUACUGAAGAGGUAUGCCAAAGAAGGGAGAAUGUUUGAUUAUGUGAUUAAUGAUCUGACAGCUGUUCCAAUCUCCACAUCUCCAGAAGAAGAUUCCACGUGGGAAUUUCUCAGACUGAUCCUUGACCUUUCAAUGAAAGUAUUGAAACAUGAUGGAAAAUACUUUACACAGGGGAACUGUAUCAAUUUGACUGAAGCCUUGACUCUCUACGAAGAACAACUUAGCCGGCUUUAUUGUCCUGUGGAAUUCUCAAAGGAAAUUGUAUGUGUUCCCUCAUACAUGGAAUUGUGGGUAUUUUACACUGUUUGGAAGAAAACUGAAUUUUGAAGAUUACUCUUGCCUGCAUAUUGCCAUCUUGAACCUUUUAAAUUAUAUGCUCUAGAAGAUUCUGAAAUUAGUCAUUCUAUUGAUUGUGAAUUCCUUAAAAGUUUUUUUAUUAUUAUUUUAAUUUAAAAAGCAAAUGGAAAAUGUAUAUUUUGAUGAGCUCUAGGGUGUUAUUUUUUGAAAGUCAACUUAAAGAUGAAUUGGCAGCACUGCUGCUGAAUGCACUGAACCUUUUAGAAUGUGAUCUUUGUAUUUCUCUGUUAAUGUAGGCUUUUGUGGUAGAGCUUCAUUAGUGUGGUGUGUGGGUGGAUGGAUGGGUGAAUAUGGAUGUAUGUAUGGAAGAGAGAGGAAAAGAAUGGGUAUGUAUGGAGUAUCUUUUUUUUUUCUUUAAAUUUCAUUCCUAAGGGAACCAGAAAAAAAGAUUUUUUUUUUCCUUUUCCUAAAGUUGAUUCUGUUUUAGAGAUUGGGUUAAAGGAGACUUUAAGGAGAAUAACAGUACUUUCAUUAUAAAAAUUUUUUUGUGUGUUUUAAAAAAAAUCUACUCUUUAAUACUCUGGUCCCGUAAAACAAAUUUUUCUUUGCUUGGUGUAGUUCUUUUUUUUUUUUAACGUAUGUAUUUAUGUAUGCAUACAUAUAGUUCCAUUAACCAAUUUCUACAAUAGAUAAUCGUUCCCUUCCUUCCUCUUUGGCUCCCUCCUUUCUCCCCUAUCCCACUACACGUGCAAAUUUUUCUUGUGAAUCUAGAACCUGAACUGAAGCUAGUAAAGGUACUGUUGUUACUAUCAGAUUGAAAGUCAAAACGUGCUCCCUUAUCCACUCUGAUGUGAGAUGUUGAAAUGAGGCUUUCUUUGGAUAUCCAUCCGGGAAGUUGACAGGAGUAUAUUUGUUACAGAAUCUAAAUAAGUUCAUUAUGUACAGAAGAGAACCGAAUAGCCAAAACUCUUACACUUCUCACAUUGUUAAGGGAAGGUGUGGAUAUGUAUCAGCUUUCCAAGUUCAGCAUUUCACAGAGGCCACACAAAUCUGAUCAUUGAGAUUGUAUGUUUAUCCAAGUUAAGAUUUGAGAUUUCAAAGUUAAGAUCUCCUCCCUUGGACUUUUCUACCUAUAUCUUUGUGAAAAGUUUAUUGAGUUUGCUAACUGGGUCAUUUCAUGUAUGGUAACUGUUAUAAGCUAACCAUUUACUGUAAAUGAGAUUCUGUAUGACGAGGAAAAAAGAAUUUUUUUUAUAAUGCUUAUGGGAGAAUUUUUUUUUUUGAAGAAACGAUUUCCUUAAAAAACUGAAGUGUUUUAUUUAACUACUUGGUUUAUUGGAGUGGGAGGGAAGAGAAGAGAUAUUAAUGGUUCCUCUUAUUAAGUAUAUAGGAUAAAACAGGAUGUUGUAUCUGGACCUGUCUUUUAACCAAGAAAUAGUUUUGUUGUAUUACACAUGUAGUAAAAUUUGUCUUUGACAGCCUUUGUGUAAUGAAUGAGCUUAUCUUUGAGAAUGCUUGCAGAGCAGAGCAAAGGCUGGGUAUAAUGUUCAUAUAUAUGUGUAUAUUUAUAUGUGAACAUUAUAGAAUAUACACACAUACAAAUUAUACACACAUAAUGUAUAAUGGUGCUGUUAAUGUUCAAAUUACCAUUUGAGUUGAACAGUAGGAGGGAGCAUUUUUCUUCACCAUUGAAAAAUCCACUGCCACCCAGAAGCAUCUUGAAAUAUGUGACCAGCAUUUAGGCAUAACUUUGACAUUGAACUUAACAAGAUCAGAUCAACUUGUGGGCUAAAGAGGGUCAUCCAGUGAUCAAUGUGGAAGCACAGGUCCUGCUGCAAAGAUAGCAAGUUAGAAGUGUGUGUGGUGGGUUUGGACAUUCAGGUCCCUGGAAGGUACAUUCAGUGCAAAGGUAUAUGGGGUGGGGGGGAGGGAGAUCAAGUGGGGAGGUGGGUGGGAGAGUGGGAGGGAGAGGGAAAAAUGUGUUGUGUGACGCUAACAAUGCACACAACUCCUAUAAUUUUCUUAUUGUCAUUAUUUGUGUGGAGAAAGAAUGACUUUUGCUUUUCAAAAUAUUUUGUAGUUACUAUAAAAAGAUGGGCAUGCAAAUACUGAAUACUGGUGACUUUAUUUGCUAUUGCUAAAGAGAUUCUGAAGAAAUGUUUAAAGAAUGAAGCACUGUCAUUUUAAGAUUUAUUUUUAAUGCUGUAGUGUAAAAUUUAAAGUUCGAUUCCCUCUGUACAGUGAGCUUUUUGAUUGAACAUACUAUAGAGCGCAAUAUAGACUUUUUUACAAUGAAAGGAAAAUGUGGACAUAGUUUUGAGCUCAACUCCACACCUGUCAACAAGUACCAAGAAUUCGUUCAUGUUUAUUUGUAUUCUUUGCACCAAAUGCUGCUUCCACCUAGAAAUGUGAUUAAGUAUUUAAAAAAAAAAAAACUUGAUUGAUAGUGAUUUGACUGUGCUUGACAAGAAAGACUGCUGGCAAUGUAUCUGCUGCCUUAGUGCAGUGCAUAUAUUAAAUAAAGGUAUGCUAUGACCA